GGAUAAACCAAGUUCGAUAAAAGAAUAUAAAAUACAUCUUACUUGUGCAUAAAUGAAUGGAAAAUAAAGACAAAAACAUUAGUCUACUCAACGGUACAUCUAACUUGAAAUGAUGAACUGAUGUGCAAGUUUGCAUAUUGACAGAUAAUAUAUAAUGGGGAAAAAGAAGAAAGGAAGUCAAAAUUUUAAUUCCUCCAAGAAUAUCUCAAAAAAUAGAAAACCAAAUCCAUUUGAACUGAAAGUAAACAGAGAAAAGCACGAUGUUUUAGGGCGUAAAAAACGCAGUCAGAUUGGCAUACGUGGUGCUUCCAAACGUAUGGGUAUUCAGAAAAGAAAAAAUACUCUUAUGAAAGAAUAUUUAUCAAGAAAAAAAUGUAACAAUUUUUUGGAUAGAAGGAUUAAUAAUGAAAAUAAAGAUAUGUCAUAUAAACCAUUCAAGAAAUUACGUCUAAAAAAAUCUUUGUUUAAUCUUAACGAUGAUGAAGAAUUGACUCAUCUUGGUCAAAAUAUAUCAGAAAUGGAAACACUUGACAAAUUUAUGGAUUCCGAUGACGACGACAACGAUAAAUUACAAGACGAUUUUGUUCAAGCAGCUCAUUUUGGAGGAUUUUUGACCGAAAAGAAAAAAGACGAAGAAGUUAAAUCACGUAAAGAAUUAAUUCAAGAAAUCAUUGCAGAAAGUAAAAGAAAGAAGUACGAAAAACAAACCGAGCGAGAGAACACAAUUGAAAUAACUGAAAAAUUAGAUGCCGAUUGGAAGAAUUUUCAGCAUUUAAUAUCUAAAAUGAAACAAAAAACACCCGAAGAACAAAAAACAUUAAACUCUUAUGACUUACUUGUGAAUGAAUUAAAGUUUGAUAUUAAAGGAAAAGCCUCCGACCCAUUAAAAACCUCAGAACAACUAGAACUUGAAAAGAAAAACAAGUUAAGAAAAUUAGAAAUGGAACGUUUGUCAAGAAUGAAAGGAUCUCUUCCAGAUGAUUUUGAUAAAUCAAAAUAUUUUUCUGCUGACAGCAUCACUACACCAUCCUUUAAAAAGCAAAAAAUAGGAAGUGUGGAAAUAACUUCUCCAGUUGAAGUAAAUACAGAUGAUGUUUCUGAAAAUGGAAGUACAGAUGAAUGUAUUAAGAAUGUGUCAAAUAAUAAUAAUAUAGUUAUUCCUUUAACAUUGAGUGACUUUUUGGAAACAGUAUCUGGGAAAGACAAUUUAUCUUCUGUUUUAAAAGAAAUUGUUUCGAAUUUAAAGUGCGUCAGUAACUUGAAUAAAUAUGAAAUGUUUUUUAAAGUUUUAUUGGAAUAUACUUGUGACAUUGCAGAUAAUGGAAAUUUGAAUCUACUCGAUACCUUAAUCCCAUAUUUAUAUGAAUUAGCAGAAUUAUCACCAAUUGGAAUAACAAGACAUAUUAUAUCUGUUUUAAAAAGUAUUGAAGAGAAUUUUCAAGAAGUUUGUGAGAGAAAAACCACUAAAUUUGUUAAAUUUCCAAAAUUUAGUACAAUAAUAUUUUUAAAGCUUUGCGAUAUACUAUAUCCAGCUUCUGAUUUUUGUCAUCCAGUUACGACUCCGGCAACAAUUCUUUUAAUGAGAUUUCUAGGAGAAUGUCGCAUUAAAUCGGUCCAAGAAGUUUUCUACGGACUCUUUGUUUGUAACGUUGCUCUAGAAUACGUAUCCUUUUCAAAGAGAUUUUUACCCGAAGUAUUAUAUUUUCUACUAAAGCUGAUAUUUUCUACUUCUUCUAAAGAGACAUAUCCAAAUGCAUUUAAAUUUACAAAAUUUGAUUUGAAUUUAUCGAGUUCAAUUGUCGACGAUAUACCAAAAUUGAAAUUAUCAGACGUUAGAAAAUUUACAAAAGAAGUUGACGACUGUUUGAAAGUGCAAAUAAUUAAUUCCAUAGUUGAUCUAACUACAAAAUUUUUAACAUUAUAUAGUGAAUAUCCAUCUGGUUUAGAAUUGUUUUCUACAAUUAAAAAUUUUAAACUGUUACAAGACACACAGUAUUAUCCGGAAUAUUUAAUUAAAAAAAUUGAAAGAUUAAUAACGUUAUCUCAAUGGACACAAAACAAACAACUUCUAAAACAAAAGAAACAACCUACAAAAUGUUUAAGAUUCUUAGAACCCAGAAUAGAAGAUAAAUUUGAAGGAAGAAAACAACAUAAAGGUAGUAAAAGUAAAUUAGAAAAGGAAAAAUUAAGAUAUCAAUAUAAGAGGGAACUCAAAGGUGCAGUUAAAGAGAUAAGAAGUGACAAUUACUUUUUAGCAAAUCUUAAAUUGAACGAAGAAUUGGAAAGAGAUGCCGAAAGGAAACAGAAAGUUAAAGAACUGUAUAGAGAAUUAGCAAUGCAAGAGAGCGAUUUUAAAGCAAUUAAAAAGAAAAAGAAUCGCUAAUUGUGUUAAACGUUGUUAAUAAAUGUUUUAUUAAAAUAUCUUCAAAAGUC